GCGGCUUCGUUCAGAAUUGCAAAAAAGUCAAAUUUGAUUUCCAAAUGUUCAAAUUAAUGUUAAAUGGGAUUCGACUCACACUUGCUGCCAAACGUGCCUCUGAUUAAAGCCUAAACAAAGUUCAGCUGUUCUAGUAGGCUUUUUCUGACUUUUUUUUCCUUUUUGCCUUGUUGCAGAGGAAGCAUGAAGGUUUUGUGUCAACAUGAACUGGUAUUUGUUCAUAAUUUCCUCCAUCUUGACGAAAGUCUCACUUCCAUGAUGGCUGAUUAUGGGCUAAAACAAUACUACAGAUUUAUUGCCCGAUGUACAUUCUUCUGAGAGCUAUAAACGUGUCUUGUUCCCGUGUUGCAGAGCCACUUGAAGUCCUGCGUCAACUACAACGUAUGCACACGGUUUCAAUGCAAAUAUGAAAAUGUGCGUGUGUGUGUGUGUGUGGGGGGGGGGGGGGUCUUUCGGGCGAAGCGUUGCCAUGAUCGAGGCUCCUCGUGAGAGCGCAGCUCAUUAGGGGCUCCUCUUUGAAUUUGGCUCUCUCCUGCAGGGAUCAUGCGCAGUGUGCAGCGUGCCUGCCUCCCCUCUAGUCGGCCGAGCGAGCAGCUGUCCAAGGGCUUGGAAUUCCAACAUGGCAGAGCCACUGGUCAGUCUCGCUCGCAGCAACUUGGAAUGCUCUCCGGUGUCGAGCCGCGGCUCCCGCAGCCUCUAACGCUCCGCGACAACCAGCAGACCGCCGCACUCGGAUCGAUGCUCGCGUAAAAGCCCGCAGCCGCCCUGUCACCUACACAGUUGUGAAAGGAAAUCGAGUGUGGCUGCAAUGAGAAGCAACCCGUUGGAAUUGUACCUGGUGAACGUUGUGAAUCUGCUGUCUUCCUUCUCUCGUUUCCAGGCGUGAAGACAUGAUUACUAGCAGCAGCUUUUAUGGUCUAAAGAUGCAGUGGACCCCAGAGCACACACAAUGGGCAGAACAACACUUUGACAUCUCAUCCACUACCCGCUCUCCGGCGCACAAAGUAGAGGCCUACCGGGGACACUUACAGCGAACGUACCAGUAUGCGUGGGCAAACGAUGAUAUCUCCGCUCUGACUGCCUCCAACCUGCUUAAGAAGUAUGCAGAGAAGUACUCCGGGAUCCUCGAAGGCCCAAAUGAAAGAGCCCUUCUCUGUUCCUACUCAGAAGGCACUACUGGACUCUUGAAUGGACGAAAGUCGGAGAAUGAGCCCUGGCAGGAGGGGAUUUACCCGAUGAACUGUGCUCCAGAUGUUAUAUCUGUUAGCAAAGCUGGAAUGACAGCUGCCCUACCCCCUACAGAUGCGUCAGCUAGCAUAGGCAGCUCCCCGGGGGUGGCGAGCAGCUUGUCUGAGCCGAGCUAUUCCAGCAGUAACUGCGGGAGCCACACGGCCACGACUCUCCACUCGAGCCUUUCCUCUCAGGAAUACAGUGCCGGCUACAACGGCCCCUACCUGCAUUCUAGCUACAGUGGCCAGACAACCCCAGCCCUCCCUUCUCCACAUCCCUCUCCUUUGCACAGCGCCGGGCUCUUACAGCCCCCGCCGCCGCCGCCUCCUCCCCCCACCUUAGUACCGAGCUACAAUGGCGCGUCUCCAAAUCUUUCCAACUACAAUUAUCCGCCAACAGGGUAUCCCUCUCAAACGGCUGUCGCCCCCGGUUAUAGCCCCGGGGGAGUGCCCCCUCCUUCUGCUUAUCUGCCGUCCGGCAUUGCGGCGCCCACUCCGAUCCCUUCCUCCACUCUGCCCGGCUACACCUACCAGUCCCACAAUCAUACACCGAUUGCCCCGGCACCUCUGAAUGGUAGCACAUCCAACUCGUUAAAACGAAAGGCUUUCUACAUGAGUGGACAUGGAGAAGUGGACUCCAGCUAUGGUGACUUCAACUACAACCAACAGCGCUCUUCUCAGAGUCCCAUGUACAGACUAGCGGACAGCAGUGUUUCAGAUUCCAACAGGGGCAAUGGCUUUGAGAGAAAUGCUGAGGCCUCCGCUUUGGCAUUCAAGACAACCAAACAGACAAUAUCUUCCGAUCAGCCAAGAAAAUUUAGUAUACACCCUAGCGGGGCUCUGACUCCCCCGUCCUUCGGAUCGACUAAAAGCUCCGUGGAUGACCUCCGAGCUGGUGAGCCCUACAGCAAGUUUGGAUCCCCAAUAUUGAGCGAACAAAGCGAAGAACACAGACAGCACCUGCCUCACUCCCUAACGGGGCCCGAUGUCGGUACGCCUACCUCGUCCAUCCUUUCUGCCGAGGAACAACUGAAGAACAGCGAUCCCAACUUGGUGGACAUGGUGACGUCAGAAAUCCUUCAGCAGUGCCCUCAGGUUGAUUGGAGCGACAUCGCCGGACUCGAUAUGGCAAAAGCAGCCAUCAAGGAGGAGAUACUGUGGCCCAUUUUAAGGCCGGAUAUGUUCAAUGGACUUCACGCAUUACCUCGCAAUCUUCUUUUAUUUGGACCUCAGGGAACGGGCAGAACACUGCUGGCUCGCUGUAUGGCCAACCAGCUGGGGGCCGCCUUCUUGAGACUUAGCAGCUCUACACUGGUGACCAAAUGGUUGGUGGAGGGAGACAAAGUCAUUCAGGCUUCUUUCCUGCUGGCUCGGUGUCGCCAACCAGCGGUGGUGUUCAUCAGCGAGGUGGAGCUCCUCCUGUCGGCCCAGCUAAGCGAGGACAGCCCAGUGAGUCGCCUGAAAGCUGAACUCCUCAUGCAGCUCGACAGUAUUUUGUCCUCAGCUGAGGACCACGUUCUUGUGGUCUGCUCCACCAGUAAACCCGAAGAGAUCCCGGAGUCCCUAAGGAGGUACUUUACCAAGCGAUUGCUCAUUCCCUUACCUGACGGGACAGCACGACACCAGAUAAUCAGCCAAGUGCUCUCACAACACAACUACUGUCUUAGUGACAAAGAGAUGUCAUUACUGGUUCAGAGGACAGAAGCUUUUUCAGGACUGGACGUGGUUCAGCUUUGUCAAGAGGCCGUGGUGGGCACUCUCCACGGCGUUCCCGGUUCCGACCUGUCGAGUAUCCACCCAAGACAAAUGAGACCAGUGGCUUUUCAAGACUUCGACAAUGUGUUUUGUAAAUUCCAGCCAAGCAUAUCACAAAAAGAACUUGACACAUACACUGAAUGGAAUAAAAUGUUUGGUUGCAGUCAAGGAAAUCAAUGAGAUGCUUCUAUCAUGAUUUCUCAAAAGAGUUUUUUUUUUUUUUUUUUGGGGGGGGGGUGGGCGUUAUCAUCCACUGGGCUGGAAGAAUCACCACAUGAAAGCUCUUGAUAUAGUCAAGGGUUUGGCAUUGAGUGCUUUAGAUGUAAAUUGAGCAACCCAUAAUUUGAUAAAUUGGUACAUGGCUGGAGUUACUUGUUCACGAAAAGACUUGUAAAGGAUACCCACUCCCCACUUCUUGUUUUUGUAUAUAAAUACAUAUAUAUGACUAAACUACGAUACUGCUGAUUUUGAGAUUUAGUUGCUAUCAAGUGCCUGAGGUGGUGCUGUUUAAAUUUUCAUUUUUUGCCUCAAAAUCUUCAUUGGUGACAUGUGCUAAUAGUGCGAUUAAAAACAAAAGCUUUAAAAUGAAAAAAAAAAUGCUUUCUAUUUUCCAUUAGAACAGCUGUGUCUGUUGUGUGCUCUUUGUGAACAGUUAUUUUGAGCUAAAUUAAAUUUUAUGGGCAUAAUUUCCGCUUCAUCUUCUGGCAUAUUUUUACUGUAUGUGUAAAUGAUUUAAUUAUGGGGAACAACAAAAACAUUUACAUACACAUACUUUGCCUACUCAUUUGGUCCAGUAAGAGUCAAGCAAGUUGGUAUUUUUUCGCUCUUCCACUGUAGAUACAACAUAGAGUGAAUAUUAUUUUUCAAUGUGGCUUCACUUUAACCAAUAAAUUACUAUGUAAUCGUUGUUAGUUGUAAUUCAGUGUUUGACCUACAUGUAAAAUUAGACCAUCCGAUGUUUUCUUUUAAUUUUGAAAACUCAGGAAAAGUGAUUAAGGUAGAGUCAUCAAAUACAGUUGAGCCCAAUAUUAUUCACACCUUUUCUGCUUCCUCUUCCUCCCUAAGUGUAAAAUGAUCCCAGACCUUGAAAAACCUUCCUCCUGGCUCACCGCCAUCAUUUGUUUGUAAAUGGAGUGGUACGUGCAAGUGCAGUAAAACUUGUCUGUGUGAGAAAAUGAUGACUGCCGGGCUCCGAGGCAGAGAUUCGGCUUUGAGUAAAUCAAGUUGUAGGAGUUAUUUGAUGCAUCAUUUCAGCUCUGGACUAAAGUGGCAACUAUGCGAAAAUAUUAAAAACAAAAAAAGAGUUUGUUUUGCGAUAUUAAGUUAUAUAUCAACAUCCAGAGAAAAAUCAAUCACAGGAUUCUUCACAAUGCUGCAAAAGCUUGCGUUUCCUCAAAAGCGUGUUGAUCAGAUCACUGGUAUGGUUCAUUUAUAAACUAAAAUAAUGAAAUCCUAAUUUCUGACGCAGAUUCUUCGUCUUGUGUAAUUUCCAGACAAACAAAACCUGGUCAGGAGUUUAACACCACAUUUUGCAAGGGUACGAACCAUUUUGGGCUUAGUUGAACAUUUCUAACACGACACCCCACAAGAAGACUUACAUCUGAAAUUGUAUCAAGCGACCACAAAUGGCUGUAAUACCUCAGCAAGUGAGAAAUGAGAUGGUUUCUAGAAUGAAUGUAUAUAUUUAAUUUUGAUUUAUUUCCAAGACAAAUAGUAAUCUGCUUUGUGGCGUUUCCUUGAAAUGGAACAUUGUAUUAUGAUUAGAGAUUUGCCUUUGAAGAGAAUGGUACCGUUAUUUAUCUCGAAUUGUUGCCUCCGGCUGAUUUCCGUAGUUAUUUUCAAGGCGCUAUCACGUAGAAAAUCAUGCACCAUGAUUCUGGUCUUUGAGUUGCGUCGUUUGGAGGCUCAGCUGUACGUCUCACCACGAGAGCCGUGUAGAAUUUGAAAAAGGGGCAGACAAACAUCUCGGGGUUGAGCGAGAAAAAAUGCCCGGAGCAAUUUCAUUCCAUCCUGCUGCUGUUUUAUCAUUAAUGAAACCGAAGGAUUAUGUAUCUCCUAAGUUGCUUUUCUACCUCAGUUUGUUAGUUAUCUAUGAAAGACAAAUGUAUGACAGCAGCUAAUGUUAAAAAAAAAAUCUUUUUUUUUUAACUUUUAUUUUUUAGUGAGUGCAAAAUUCAAUGAAUAUAAAAAAGUCUACACACCCCUGUUGCAAUGUCACCUUUUUGUAAAAUAAGAAAACGAGACCAGGAUGAAUCAUCUGAAAACUUUUGGGAGCAUUAGUGUGGCCUAUAACUUGGAAAGCUCAACUCAUUUGUUUUAAUAUUUCAAGACGACUGUAAAAAUAAACUCAGAUGAUUGUUUGCAAGACUGUGCACGCCCUCCUAAAACUGUGGAUGUUCCUGUUUAAAGAAUUCUCCCAUCACAUUCAAUUCUUGUAAAAUAGGAGUCAGCACUUGACUGCCACCAUUUAAAGUGAUUUUGAUUAACCCCAAAUCAAUCUCAGAUGUUCUAGUAGGCUGUUACGGACAUUUCUUUUUAGUUAUUGACUUUUUAAUUGUUUGUACAGGUCAUAUGCAUCAUUAACGGUGGAAACAUUUUGCAGUGAUUUAUCUUAGUCUAAUUUUUUAUAUUGCAAAAAAAAAUACCGUUUGAGCAUAGGUGUGAAGACUUUUUAUAUCCACUUUAUAUGAGCUUUCCAAUUUCAUUCCAAAUGAUUCUAUAAAAGGGGAAUACCAGUGAUCAUGUUUGCCCCAAUGUAUCAUCACUUAUCCCAACGAUAUCACACAAUGUAGAUCGGGUUCCGAAUUUAACAGCUUGGUUACUUUGAAAGAAACAAACGGAGAAAAAAAGCUGAAUGUUUAUGGAAGACACGCUGUGACACUGUCUCAGUCUAUAAAUGUAACAUCCAUGAGUUGAGUGGCACUCCUUUGACUUGAGGGCGAGUGGCAAGAUGUGACAAAGUCUUAUUUUUAGACGUUUAUUUAUACCUGUUUGUUGUUAUUAAGCGGUACAUAAUCCAAACAACGUUUUUGGCGAUGAAAGAAAGCGCGCGUCUGACAAGUGAGUUUGGCACAUUUGAAUGUAUGAUGUCCUCUGGCCCGAGACAACACGAAAUACUCGCACAGUGAUUAAAAAAAAAAAAGGCACUGAAGUAGAUAGCACUGUCGUUCUGUUGCACUAAACUUGGUUUCAAAGAGGUCCUGUUGUGUUUUUUCUUUCUUUUUACGAUUAGCAGAUGAUUAUCAAUAUAUAGCUCCACUAACGUCGCGUCAUUGUGCAUUAAUGAGAUUCCACCCAAGAAUUUGGUUUGAUGGAGGCUGUCAGAAAAAAAUUUAGUUCGUUGUGUACAAUUGAAUUCAGUCCUAGAGAGGUUUUUUAUAGGACUUGUAUUUAAUUUCCUUGCAUGUGUGGCCUCAGAACCACACGAGAAGCUACAAAGCUCGUGAUACCGAUGUGUAGUUUUACUGUGCAUUCUGUUCUUAAAAUACGUUUUCAUGAAGUACACACAAUAAUCCAGAAUGCAUUUCUUUUCCGUGCCCUUUGAGAUCAACUUGGGCAUCAUCAUGGGCAUUUCUCAUUAUUAUAAAUAAUUUUUAUAUAUUUUUUGUGUUCACUUAAGUAGAAUGUAUAUUAGUGUGUGUAUCACUGCAAUUUCUUCAUGAUUGAUAUUUGAAGAGGAAUCCACCAUCUUUCCAAAGCUGAUUGUGUGUUUAUUUGCAUAAUGUUAAAAUAUAUUUAAAAAUAAUCAUAAACAGACUAAAAAUCAUGAAUAUAAAAUUUGUCUUACUACUACUGCUGCAUAGUGUAGUAACUGCUAAGGAUUGUUGGGGCUGCAUUGGAAAGAAAAGAAGUUUGAAUACCUAAAGCGGGACCAUUAGCAAAAAUGGUAACGUUGCAAGAAGUCACAAUUGGCUCUUUUGUGACAUGUUUCAGUUGAAAACCUCCUCAGCUGUCGUCAUCCUAACACAGGCAUACUGCAUGUUCACACUUGUAAUAUUUUGACUUUUUCUUCCUUAUUCGCAUGUAUUUUUUUUUGUCUUUUCAAUGCGACUCAUUCUACUUUGCAGAAAACUAGUAAUUGGGAUCACUCACUAGUUGAGGAAAAAAAACAUGAAGAAAAAAGUACAAUGUUAUGAAUAAUUGCACUUUUCUUGAAUGAGGCCAAAGUAAAAUAGCUUUCUUUUGACAAUGUUAGAGCUCAAAACAGCUAUGGUACAUGUACAUGAUAUUUUGAAAUUGACACCUUUAUUUUAUUUACACUCUCAUCUGGCAAUGUUUAGUAUUGUGGCACAGUAUAUUUUAACAGACUUUGCCUUUUUUUUAAAAUUGAACAUAUACAGUUAAAUCUUUUUCCUAGCAAGGUUAACAAAUCUGUAGUCUUGGCUGGCAAUUUUAAUGUAUUAUUGCAAGCUUGUAUUUGACAAGUAGGAGACAAGAAGCCCUAAGUGCCAUUAGAAAGCACAGAAUUCAUGUGUUUUCUCAAAAAUAAGGUUCAAGAACAUACAGCGUGAUGUACGCAUAAAAGGAGAAUAUCUAAAAAAAAAUGUUUUUUGAAAAAGGCAAAUAAUUUCUAAGUAUGGCACAAGGCUAAGGAGUUGCAUUAGUGUGGGUUUGAUUGUUAUCACAUCUCAAAUUAGGACAGUCACAUAUUUAUUCAAACGGGAUGGGUGUGUUUCACCUGCUGUCAAUGUUAGAAUUAUAAUUUGUCAUUCAUUAUUAAGGGUGACACGCCGAGAAGGGCCCGUGGUGACCGGCGAUACUUGAGCAGAAUCUUUGAUAAGCACAUCAAUCCUCACGGGUGUUGCUUUUUCUUUUUGUUUGUUUGUCUUUUUUGCUCAUUGAAUACUUUUGCUUCCGUCCUUUAAGGUAUGUCAUUCGAGCCGGUAAUCUUUCUUUAUAUGCAUUUCUACCUCAUAUCACUGCAUAACGUAGAUGUAGUUUGUAUGUCUUUUUUAUUAUUCUGAUUAUUGUCAUGCAUUUGUGGAAUUAAAAAAAAAGAUGGAAAGUCAGCAACAUAAAAAAAAAGAAUAAAAAAUGUGCCCUUGGAACUGAACAGUCUACCUCGUAAAGACUGUCUUUAUUUACACUGGCUACUGCAAAUCACAGAAGGGGGGGGGGUAAAGAAAGUAUAAUUGGAUUCAUUCCCCACGAAAAAGUGUUAUGGACUACAAGAUGUGAGUUUCCCCCCCACCCAAGAAAAAUCCAAUCCAAUGUGAACUAUUGUUAUGUCAGUGUAUAUGGAUGUGCCAAUUUCCAAGUGUACAGGGUGGGUACACAUUUGGACUGUUCUUAUCUAUGUACAGACGAUGAACUUGCACAUAGCUGUACCUAUUGUACAUUUGCUUACAGCCUACAGCAUACGGUACAUAAAAAGCACCACAUACAUGUUUAUACGUGUGUAUGUAUUGCCAUAGUAAAGUGACUUUAAAUGUAUUUUAA